CUAGACUCCACUCUGAACCCCUUAGUCGUUUUUACCAGAGAGAGAGAGAGAGAGAGAGAGAGAGAGAGCGUUCUGAGUGUUAAUAGAGUAAAGAAUAACAACAAAAAAGCAAUAAGGAUGAAACAGCAAUAAGCAGUACUACAAACUCUACAACAAAAACUGCAGUGUCAUCAUCAUCAUCAUCAUCAUCAUCAUCGUUGUCGUCAUCGUUAGCAACAACAACAACAACAACAACAACGAUAACAACACAACGACAACGAGAGUGGUGGUGGUGGUGGUGGUGGUGCAGGGUAGUGUGUGUGUGUGUGUGUGUGUGUGUGUGUGUGUGUGUGUGUGUGUGUAGGGUAUAGGGUACGUAGGUCAGCCUCCUCCUCCUCCUCCUCCUCCUCCACCAUGGCAUUGCUCCCUUCCUCCAUACCAGUCCUCCUCGUCGUCCUCGUACUACACUUCACCCUCCCCGUCAGCGCCUUCUUCCAGAGCGGCAUCAAGCUGGGCAUCAACCUAGGAGCGAACAACCAGCCGCCAGCCAAACACCCGCUACACUAUUGCACUGCCAAGCAAGAGCAGCUACUGAGGAACCUGUACGUGGACUACUUCCAGUCUACGGGGCCCUGCGUCACCCCCGACGGGACCAAACUCUACCCCUUCAAGAGCUCGGACGGCGGGGGUGGCUUGGCAGGCCCCUCCGUCUGUGUCAAGCUGCCCAACCUUUGUCAGCUCCUGGGCAAGUCGAGGGGCCGCAGCAUCCUGGAGGUGGGCAAGACGAUGAUGGCGAACCUGCAGCGCAACAUGAGGAGUCUCUACCAAAUGUUGACUGGACGUCCCUCGCCCAUGACAGGAGACUCCACGCACUCGGACUCUCGCGUGCUCCAGGUGUCAGCCCACUACGACGCUCCUGCGCCCAUUGUCAACCACCACGUUCACUGCGACUACGGCGGGUGUGAGGGCGGCGGCGGUGGAGGCGGCGUGCCGGUGUGCGAGACCGUGGAGGACCUCGUGUUCCCGAUGAUUGGUGUCUCGGCCCUCACCAACGCCACCGUCACCGUGAUCCAGGCUUUCCCCGACCUGGUGCAGCCCGUUUUCUUUAGGAGGUGCAGGAGUCGGCAGGCGCAGGUGGUGUACGGGGAGUGUGUGCAGGAGUACCUUCCCGUGAGCCUGCUGGUGGCGCCGCCCUACCCCGGGGCUGUGCUGGCUCACGACUUCGUGCUGGUGGAGUCCGGGUGUCGCGUCGCGGCGCACGUCGGCCACCACUACGGCGAGACGCAGCCGCGGGAAGCACAGCAGCUGCAGGAGGGCGUGGGGGCCAGGGAGAGUGACCGGCGACUCUUCUGAAGGCGGCGGCGACUAUUUAGUCUCGCGAAUAGAGAAUGAGCCGAAACCUACUUAGGUCGAUAUUCUCAGACACUUCCGCCUCUCACAGCAACUAUAGUUCCAGUUACCGAAAAGGAGAUUAAUCAGGGUUUAAUGCGUUUUUUUCACGUUCAUGGUACAAAUGAAGGGUCAAACUACCCCUGAAAAUGCCUACAGCUCUUACGAAAGCCUUGUCAAAUAGUAUGUCUGCCUGGGCGCCGAAAUGUUUAAGAAUGUUAAAGGUGAUGGUCGCCGCUAAAUGGUGCUGGUCUUUCGUUUUCGUAUCGCCGUGUUAUGCUCGUGUUCAAGUCGAUACUUAAAGCAUAGAUUAGAGCAGUGGUUCUUAACCUGGGUUCGACCGAACCCUAGGGGUUCGAUGAGCCAGUAUCAGGGGCUCGGCGAAAGCUCUCCGAAACACUGCAAUUUUGCAGUUGAAUUUUAAGCCAGUUUUUCUUUAAUUUUUGUAUUAAUUAAAAUGAGAUUUAUUUUUUGUAUUAUCUAAAUAUACUCGAAUUUUAAAGCCAUUUUUCUUCAUUUUUGUAUGAUUUUUUCUUCAUACUCGAGCGAGGGGUUCGCCUACUGUGCGGAGGUUCUCGUUAGGGUUCGACGCCUCUGAAAAAGGUUAAGAACCACUGGAUUAGAGGGUCGACUCUUAUAUAAGUGCCACGUUUAUCAGUCGACCGUAGCACAGCCAUGGAGGGGACUCGACUUUGAGUGCAUGUAUAGGCCACGGUACUGAGGCUAUUUCAUGUUGUGGGCUGUAAGGUAGUAGUGGAAAUAGAAGUCACUAGCUAUAUAUAUAUACGUACCUGUUUGCUCUCAUUUUGUCAAGCUCGUUGUUUCGUAUGUUUUUUUUUUCGUAUAAUUCUUUCAAAACUUGUGUAUGCUAUUGACACUUUGUUUCGUUUGAUAUAAAUAGCUUUCCAGUCAUUGUUUGUUCGUGUGUGUGUGUGUGUGUGUGUGUGUGUGUGUGUGUGUGUGUGUGUGUGUGUUUACCCUUUUGUCGGGUCUAUCUAAUCUACCAUAGACAACAAAAAAUAUUCUGACCCUUAAUUCUUCCUUUUUUCCAUUGUUUUCUCCCUCUCUUUUGCCUUCCUAUCUCCCUUUCUUCUUUUCCCUCUCCCUUUUGCCUUCCUUCUUUCCUUUCUUCCUUUCCAAUCAUUUGCUUCCUCUCUAAUUUUUCCUUACAUGUCAUUCUCCAACUCCUCUUCAUAUCUCUGCUGUGGGUCCAUAAUUUACUUUUCUCUAUUUUUCUUAUCUUCCCUUCCUCCCUCCCCGUUCAUCAAUGCUUCCUUAUUGAUCCUACUCAGUCCCUUUUUUUCGCUUAUUUUCAAUCUUUUUUUUAAUUUCAUUUGCUCUUCAGUUCUUAGUUCUCAGUUCCUGAAUGAUGAUCGUCCAUGAGUCGACAUUUAUGUCAUAAUUUAUUGACUUGCUAUUCCUAAUUCAGAGGUAUACCCUUCUUGGAUAUUCUUCAGCUUUCCAAAAUCUAGUCACAGCUUUUUAUUUCGUUUAUUUUCAAGUAGAGGAAUAUAUAUGAGGUCUUUUUAAUUGUUUGUGUGUCACGUCGUACGACAAUGACUACCGUAACUUUUCUUACACAUCAAUCAUUGUACACCAUGUCAGCAUAAAUAAGAAAAAUCAUUGGUUUUAGAAUCAGUCGAUUGGAAACUAAUAAUAAGUAGUUGAACCUGUAAUUUGGAGAUUGGUGUUAAUAAACCUUUCGGGGGACAAGAGGAGGAGGAGGAGGAGGACCAGCGUGACCAAGUUGUCGUACUCAGGUCGUUGCACUGAUGCGAUUAUGAAAAUUACAGUGCGUGCAUUAUAGUGAGGAAAGAUAAAUAGUGUUCGGUAAUAGGAUUGAAAAGCAAAGUGUGUCCGUAUUAACAGAAGAGAGGAUCAAGAGGAGGAGCUGACAUAAUGAUAUAUACGAAGCGAUACAAAACUACCGUAGAAAGGAAGGAAGAAAGGAAAGGGAGCGACGAAAGAAGGAAGGAAAGAAGAAGAAAAGAUUUAUUAUUAUUGUUUCCUUGCAACAAUAAACAAUCAAUCAUUAUAGAGGAUCUU